AUGAUCUAUAAUGGAAACGGGAUAACGAUUGUUUUAUUCGGGAUUUAUAACUCGAGCAUCAUUACGACAAGGCCCGAAUUUGUGCCGAUUUAUGGCUUCUUUAUAUUGUGCGAGAUUGUUGGGUUCUUGUUCUCGUUUAGCAUUGAACUGAUCGUUGUAAAGAUUGCUUUCACAUGUCAAACAUUCCACAAAAAUCUCUUGAAUGCUUUCGGUGUCUUCGUCGCUCAACACAUUCUUUCACAAGCGGGUCGUUUGGUGCUCAUGUGCUAUCAGUUUGGAGUCUUUAAAAUUACGGGCAACCUUUUACUUGAUUUACCCCUAUUGAUCUUUUCAACAUAUCGCGUAUAUCUCUAUGUUGGGGCGAUCACUUUCCUUAGCAGCCUUAUUAUCGAACGCUUUAUGGCCACGAUCUACAUAAAAGAUUAUGAAAAAGCUUUUCGCAAAAUCCAUCAGUCAAACUCGAAAUCGUUGGCCUCUUUAUUGGCUCACUAUGAGCUGAAUCAAUACUCGCUGAGCGCUCGAUUUCAACUCAAGGAAAACGUUCGCUCGAUGAAGGUGAUCGAGAAAAUAUUUUACAUACACUGUGCAUUUUGUUUAUUUGCGACCGCUCUAUUCACAAUACCCCAUGUACUUUAUGAAGAAAGUGGCGAGGAAAGGGAGCUCGGGAUAGCCGCCUUGGAAGCGAUACAGGGAAUG